CUUCAUCACCGAUCAGGAUGGUGCGAUGAGGCAGUCAAUACAGAGCAUCUUUCCAACCACCGUGCACCGUUGUUGUCGAUGGCACAUCAUGAAAAAGGCUCAGGAAAAGGUUGGUUGGUUGCUGUGCCGGAAUCCAGGACUCUCUGAUGAUUUCAACAAGUGUGUUGACUUCAGCUUCACUAUAGACGAGUUUGAGCAGAAUUGGGCUGGGUUAAUGAUCAAGUAUGAGGCUAUGGCACACACGCACUUUGAGAAGUUGUACGAAUACAGGUCAACUUGGGUGCCGUGCUACUUCAAACACAGGUUCUUUCCCUUCCUCCAGUCUACACAGCGUAGUGAGGGGUUCAACGCCGUCCUCAAAAGAUAUGUGAACCCACACAACUCAAUGUUGAACUUCGUCAAGCAAUAUGAAAAAAUACAGAACCACAUCCUUGCCAAGGAAGGCUGCAAUGAUUACAGGACACAACACCUUGAGAUUGAGUUGUGGUCCAACUUCCCAAUAGAGAAGCAAGCUUACAAAACCUAUACUAGAGACCUUUACCGCAAGUUUAGAGAAGAGUUUGAGCUGAUUGGACGUUAUAAUGCAUUCCAAGUUGGUGCUGAUGUGUUUGAGCUCAGACCGAACCAGGAAUUUGUUGCGAAAUAUGGUUCUCGAAACUACUUGGUGCAGGCAAGGGUGGAGGAGCGUUCCUAUUUGUGUGAGUGUUGUAAAAUGGACAAGGACGGCAUCCUCUGUUGCCACAUCCUCAAGGUGUUCACCCAUGUUGGCGUUGAUGUCAUACCGGAAAGGUACCUGCUAAGACGGUGGACACCUACUGCUGUACCUAGUGCGCCAGGGACUGGUUAUGAGAAACCGGAUGAAAUGCCUCCUCAAUCAAAGAAGCAGAUAAGGGAGAGGAACAUGAUAUACGAUUUUCGGAAACUAGCAAAGUUUGCGAGUGGUUCUGAUCCAGCACAAGCUAUUGUAUACAAGCAUAUGCGUGCAGCACGUACCGAGAUCGGCCACCUGAACAAGUCCAAGAAAAUGAAAAAACCGACUGCUGCAACGGGGCCAUCAGAUGAUGGCAACCCUCGAGGACCUCCUCCACCUCCAGGCAGCAAUCAGGGGGCUCAUCAUCCAGUUAUGCAUAUGUGUGAUGUCAACACUCAAGGACCUCCUCCCCCUCCUGGCUGUACACGGCAUCCUCCACCACCUCCUCCCCCGCAUGCUCCUCCCAAUGGCCCUACAGGCAGCACUCAGGGGGCUCGUCGUCUAGGUAAUUACCUUCCCCCAACUCCCCAUCAAACUAGGUCUGUAACACCAAUUGCACACAUCAUGGUGCUCAGUUGCACCGAACAGGCUACCUAGUUGCGCAUGCUGUGU